CAUUGACAUUAUCAAAGAAUGGCCAUAUAUAGAUACAGGCCAAUAUUUAAUCAUGGAGGACCUUUUAAUGCCGGUGCAGACGACGUUGAAAAUAUCAGAAAUCGAAGCAGAUGAGGCCAAGGAAAGCCCACGCACUGAAGUUUCACAAUCUGUCUCCUCGGCUCAGGAAGCUCUUGAACUGCUCAGAUCCCAACCAAGUCAAAGCGCAUUGACGCAAGUUUUGACAUUUCUCGAUCCAAAAUCAAGCCACGGAGACGGUUUCAACAUCAAAGCACCAACAGCGUUGAGCUCGCAACUUAUCAAUGUGCUCGUGGCAUCGAUCAUACCCGACUUCUGGCCUUUACUAGAGCAGGAUUUGCACCGGCAGCGUGAUGCAUUACUAAGAUGCCUGCGAAGCAUAUCAGCUCUAGGAGCAAUAUGCGCUCAAUUGAGAUUACUGAUUACUGCCUCAAAAACAGAAGGGCAAAAAGCGGACAGACGCGAUGUACCGCAGCGCCUCUCUAAUCUGCUGGCAGUGCUGAUGCAUUUGUUGGGAGACGAGUCUUUAACAUUGGACAUAUGGACCAAUGUCAAUACAGUAGGGAAAGGAUCCGCCCAAAAAUCUGUUUUAUGGAGAGAGCAUGUUUCUGUCGUGGCCACAAGCAGGCUUGUGUCAACUGCCGCAGAGGCCGAAGACAUUAUUAGAAAGUCUGAGCAAGAGCCGACUCCAGCUCGUUGGAUCUGCAGUGGAAGUAAAUACGCUCAGUGGCUGGGCUGGAAUAUUAGAAACAUGGCAGAAAAUCUUGCCUUAGAUGAUGUGGAAGGAUGGAGGUCAUUAUCAGGCCUUCUUGGCAAAUCCCUAAGUCUCGGCUUUACAGAGGACCUCCUUCUGCAACUGUGUCCUGGCCUUUUGUCGAAAGAUGAGAAAUCUUCAUCACCCAGAUUCCAGACUCUGAUAUCCCAUUUACCUCAGCAUCAGCAGCGGAAUAUUCUCUACACUCUCUGCCGAAUAAUUUCACGAUCAAUACCGCAUUCAGCCCAAAAUUCCAUAUCAACUUCAGGGCAAGAAGGUAGUAAAAAAUCAAUUUCCGGUUGUGCUGCACUCAUUACAGAAAUCAUCGCUGGAAACUCCCAUCUUUGCGAGGAUGUCAUUGGUUAUCUAAUUGGUCUUGCUGGCGGUGGAGCGGGUGAACCGGUUGGCAUCCGGAGGGUCUUGAUAUCUGCCUUGUCCUCUGACGAGGACGCUAUGCAAACGUUGCUCGACAAGUCGAUGCAACAAUUCGGUGACAAGCUUUACAUAAAGCACACACCUACCCUCUAUCAAGAUGCUCUCGCCCAAGUGGUUCUUCUUGUGGCUGGUUAUAUACACCGCUCAAAUCCAAUGCAUCUAUUUACCAUGGCCCGAUCCAGCAUCCACAUAAACAGCAUAUCCAACCGCUUGGCCGCCUCCUCGCUUCGAGCACGUUUUCUAGGAAUGGUAGUUGGAGUAUCUAUUUCCGAACUUGUCGACAAGCCCGACAAGCAAAUGAAAUUCGGAACAGAGGAGCUUGAGACCGAUGAAGCGAAAUGGUAUAAGAACCUUGUCCAUGUUGACGACAAAAUCGGGACUCUUGACGAUCUCAAAUCCACUCUUCACCCUCUUGUCACAUCUUCUGCACCGAACUUUAUCACCAGCGCCACUACAACUGCUCGUCCCGAAGACUCUAAGCCGGCUUCAGACGAGAAACCAAAGCCCCCCAAACCCUCUCGAAAAGCUCCUGCGUCGAAACCAGAACCAAAGAAAAGUCCAGGCAUAAUCGAAGUCCUCGACUCCUCCUCCUCUUCUGAACCUGAAGAUGAAGAUGAUGACGAAGAUGACGACCUAAUACCAUACGCCAAACCCGACUCCGACGCCGAAGACUCGGACGACGACCCUACGCUCGUGACGCGCAAGAAGCCCUCUGCACCCGUCUACAUACGCGACCUGAUCUCCGGUCUCCGCGACGUUGACAACUACGACCGCCAACGCAUCUCCUUAUCCUCCGCCUCGGCGCUGAUUCGACGCAAAGCCGGAUUCGGGACCGAGCUCUCCGAGCACUGCGAAGAACUCGCCUCCUUGCUCAUCGGCCUCAGCGACAAAUUCAGCAUCGACCACUUCCAAGAAUGGCGUCUGCAAGCCAUGAUUGCGCUGCUCGUUUCCCAGCCUCUCCAAAUGGGCCAAUGGUUCAGCCGGACAUUCUUCCAGGGAGACUACUCUAUCGGCCAACGAAUCUCGAUCCUCACCACCCUCGGCAUGGGCGCCAGAGAAAUCGCUGGGUAUAAAUCCGAAGACGCCCAACUUACCCAAUCCCUCGACGUCAAUCUUAAUGCCCCUCCUCCUCAUCCUCCUCAUUCUCAAUCCCAUUCUCAGUCACACCAUACGAGUCCCCCCAAUCCAUCUGACGCGCCUUUUCCAUCAAAAUAUCUCCCCCACAAGCUGCAUUCUCUGUACUCCUCUUCUUCCACAUCCUCCCCCGUCAACGCUCUCACCGACCGCCUCCAACAAUCCAUGAUCCAACCCAUGGCCGCCACGGCCGCGGAUUCCCUCUCGAGACCUAACGCGCUCAAAGUCCGCACUUUUUCAUCACGCAUGCAGGUCGAGAAACGCCGCGGCAAGCCCGUCGCGAACGAACUCGCCAAGAUUGUUGCAGCGGGGUUCUUCUUGCCUUUGACGGGACUCUGGUGGGCGCAGCUGAAUGCUUAUUCCUCCUCUACUUCUCUUUCUUUUCUCUCCGGUGUUGGUGGUGGUGUUGGUCGUGGUGGUGGUCGCGGCAGCAGCAACAUCAGCAACAGCAACAGCAACAACAUCUACCUCUCCCCGCUCCUCUUGCCGUACUUUCUCAAAACUCUUGCCCUCAUCCUGCACGCCUCGGGCCCGUCAAAUCCCGCACUUCCCCAAAUGACGUCUGAGUUCUGGGACUUAUUGCUCAGCUUAAGGUCAAAGUCUCUCUUGAUCUCCUCAGCAUCAGCAUCACCAUCACCAUCACCAUCAUUGUCAGAAGACCCGCUCGACUCGUCCGCGGGUAGUAUCGCAGUGCUGGAAUCUCUACUGUUUGCGUUCCUUACCCUGCUUGACAUCAAUGCCGAGUCGGAAUCAAAUGCGCGUCGCCUCGCGGAGGAACAGUCCCGCGAGUUGCUCGAGACGCAGGAAUGGGCCGAGCAUGUAUUCGAGGUUACGAGGGGCGGGGAUGAAGAAGGGGAUAAAGUGAGAAUGUUGGCGGCGAGCGUGCUCCUCCGAACGAGGGAAGUAGUGGAGCGGUAUCAGCGGUUGUUGAUGGGUGAGAUGGUUGACUUUUAGGGCUAUGGUUUUUUUUUUUUUUUUUUUUU